AUGGCAAGUUCAUCUCCAUUAUCCGUUAAAAGUGAACCAAGAGAUAUAUUAUAUACUGCUAAUGAAUCAAAUUCAUCCAAUACAUCUGCAUAUGAUACAUCACUUGACAAUACUUCACCAGAUCAAAGAUAUCCAACAACAUCAUCGAUUUUUAUUGAUGCACCAAUAGUACCAUCAAAUGAUACAUCAUUUGAUAUUUUACAAGGUUAUUCUGCACCAACACUUCCUGUCUAUAUUAAUAUGGGUUUAAAUGAACAUCCUGAUGAUGUAAAUUUUGUAGGACCUAUAACAACAACUGAUCAUCCAUUAUCACGUUCAUUGGCAGCUAUUGAUGUUGAUCAACCAUUAGCUUCGACAACAAUUCAAAGACAUAGUCAUCAUCAUCAUCAUCAUUUUCCACAUCAUCAACAAAAUCGAAAUCGUUAUCCAUAUUUACAAAGACCAAUUAUUUUAAAAGGAUUUAAUCGAACACAAAUUCCAUCAAAUAGUCUUGAUAAUUUAUAUUAUUAUGAACAACGACCUGCUUUUCGACGUUCUUAUUUUGCUUUAAGAAGACAAAGAAUACCAAAAGGUAUUAGAUUAAUAAAUAAAAUUAUAUUCGAAUUAUUCGCUGUUUUUUUUUUUUGUAGCUCCACCAAUGCCAAAACAUUUAUAUCCUGGUUAUAUACAAAAGAGAACAGAAAGAUCAACAAUGAAAACUACUGGAGAUGA